UUGGCUUAAGAAAAAAUGUAUAAAUCUACAAAUUAAGCGGUGCCUUUUUUACUGUCCUUUGUUUUCCUGAGUUGCUCUUAAUUUAAUAGAACAAUGGCAAUAGUGCCGAAGGCGGUGACACAAGCUGUCAUCAACAGCUGUAUUGUUGUUUAGUGAACAGACAAGCCAUACAAAUAACAUGUGGAUUGUUGAUUAUUUCUUCUUUGAGCAGUAAUUAAGCAUGUAAAGUUCGGUUUAGCAGGAAGCGGUUGUCAGCACCAGAAUUCUGUUUUUUAGGUCGGAGCUUCAAUUCGCACACUUUCAGUGUUUCAUGCCUGUUUUCAAAGAUCGUUUAUAUAGUUUAGUUGAAUAUUAUUGAUAUUAUGUGGUGAAAACGUGGUUCCUUGCUUAAUCCUAGGUAAGAACAUUCGCGAACCGCAAUGAUCGCCAUUCACUUGGAAUAGCACUGAUUUCAUCCUCACCAUGUGUGAAUGGCACAUAACAUUAGCUUAUCUGGAGAGUCAUGCUGAGUCAUUAGCAUGGGAGACGCAACCGAUGAAGAUGACUAUUUUGAUACAGUAUCAGUGAAUUCCACACGCAGUAAACGAAAGCUGAACAACAACGAUUAUAUUGCGCUUUCCCGAAACACCCUGUAUUAUUCAGUCCCAGAUUUGGGGGGCAACAAUAUGGAGAUGACAGAGCUGCAAGAUAGCGGCCACAAGGUCUCAGGCAACAAAAACAUUCGAACCUAUACACAGUGGAGAGAUAGGAGUUGGAGGUAUUUUUCGAAUUCGGAACUCGUCGUUGAUUUUGUUUUGGCUUACGACGAGCAAGGAAAACAAGAGCAUGUACAAAGGCGAAAAACUUUUGAAGCAAGCUUGCAACAAACCGGAUUAAUAUUAGAGCGCGAAGUGAACCAGAGAAUACACUUUGUCAAGUUACAUGUUCCAAGAGAAGUGUUGUGUCAGUAUGCUGAAAUUCUUAAGCUCCGGAUGCCGAUCAAAGAUAAUGACGAACAACUUCCUAAAGAUAACAUUGUGACCAACACCGUGCAGAAGUGUUUAGAGAAAUGCAGAGUAACUUUAGAUCGUAAGAAGUUUCCACCGCAAAAGUACCAACUCACUGCUGAAUUCAGUAAAGAUAAACCGUACCUGUUUGAUGUGGAUUCUCCCGAUUUCUUUAGCGACUCUGUCAAAAUAACGGUGGCUUCUUAUAUUUUGGAAAGGGAAAAGUUUGGUCCAGAGGAUCAGGAUAAGGGUAUCAAGCAAUUGAUUGCCGAUGGAACCUACAAGGCCGCUUAUCCUCUACAUGAUGGGGAAAUUGAUGAUGCCGGAUCGAAACGCCAUCUGUUAUUCCAUGAAUGGGCCUCGAUUUCCAAGUGUAUCAAAUUUCAGCCUAUAGACGAUAUUAAGGACUAUUUCGGUGUCAAAUUGGCUCUCUACUUUACAUGGCUGGGAUUUUACACUCACAUGCUAAUACCCGCAUCUAUAGUGGGAAUUUUAUGCCUUUUAUAUGGAGCGUUCACAUUACACUCAGAUACUCUAAGCCAAGAUAUUUGCAGUUUGGACGUUACCAUGUGCCCAUUGUGUGAUAAAUAUUGUGAUUAUUGGAAAUUGAGUGGCAGUUGUACAUAUUCAAAGAUUCAGCAUUUAAUCGACAAUCCGGCUACUAUUUUUUUCGCUGUGUUUAUGUCGAUCUGGGCUGCAAUUUAUUUGGAAUUCUGGAAAAGAUACAGUGCUGAAAUAGCUCAUCGAUGGGGUUUAACAGGUUUCGACUUACAAGCUGAACCUCCUCGACCUGAGUUUUUGUUACGUUUGUCCAAUGCCAAAAAGAAGAAACUUAACGUGAUCACUCAACUCCAAGAACCAGUCGUGCCUUUUUGGCGAGUGAAACUGCCUUCUAUUAUUCUCAGUUUUACCGUUGCCUUUUUCUGGGCUUUGAUAGCUCUUACUAUUGUGAUUGGCAUUGUAAUUUAUAGAAUGUCACUGCUUACCUCCGAUGCCUUAUAUAAAGAUCGAACCAGUGUUCGAAUUUACGUGGUUCCGGUAACGGCCGGAUUGCUCAAUUUGGUUUGCAUCGUGAUUUUAAACAUGAUCUACGACCGACUGGCUGUAUGGUUAACCGAAAUGGAGCUACAGCGAACUCAAACCGAAUUCGAUGAUAGUUUAGCGUUGAAAAUUUAUAUUUUCCAGUUUGUCAACUACUACUCGUCUAUUUUUUAUAUUGCCUUCUUUAAAGGAAAGUUUGUUGGGUAUCCUUCGAAGUAUAACAAAGUUUUUGGUUACCGACAGGAAGAGUGUAGUCCCGGAGGUUGUUUAAUGGAAUUAACAAUACAAUUAGCCAUAAUAAUGGUGGGCAAUCAGGCCAUGAACAGCGUAAUGGAAAUGUUAAUUCCGUUUUGCUUUAAAAUGUACAAUACCUUUAUCGUGUCGAAGCGAAUAGAAGAAGCGGAUACUGAAGAAGAGCUAAUUGGUUGCAACCAGUGGACGGCUGACUAUAAUUUAUCGGACUUGCAAUCUCGUAGCUUGUUUGCCGAAUAUUUGGAAAUGGUGUUGCAGUAUGGGUUUGUGACGCUUUUUGUAACAGCCUUUCCUUUAGCACCGUUGUUCGCUCUCAUCAAUAACGUAUUAGAAAUGAGAUUAGAUGCGAAAAAAUUUAUGAAAUAUUUUCGCCGUCCAGUUCCUCAACGCGUUAAAAAUAUAGGAGUAUGGUAUCAAGUAUUGACCGUUAUUGGCCGAAUAGCUAUAGUUUCAAAUGCUAUGAUUAUUGCAUUUUCUUCGAAUUUCAUUCCUCGGCUGGUAUACAUGCUGAAAGUCAACUCGGAUCAUACAGACCAAGGAUUCUUGGAGUUCAGUUUAGCCUAUUUCAAUACUUCUGACUUCAAACCAGGAACUGCACCAGAAUCUCCAACAUACGAUACUCAAGUUUGCCGUUAUGCCGAAUUUAGAAAUCCUCCGGAUGAUCCACACAAGUACAAAAGACCUUUGAUAUACUGGCAUAUACUAGCGGUCCGAUUGGCUUUUAUCGUCGUGUAUCAAAAUUUAGUUAGUUUUAUUGUAACUGUCGUGGAAUGGACUAUUCCCGAUAUUAGUAGGAAACUGAACGAUAGAAUCAAAAGAGAAGCGUAUAAAGUAAAUGAAAUAAUCAUAAAGAAUGAAUCGGAGAGAACGAAAAAACGAAGCAAUACUGUUCGAAAACGAGACUCGCUUCUUUCGGAAGUUGGAAGUGUGUAUCAUGAUGCAAUUAGUGAAGCGGGUGAUGUGAAAAAUCAUCGGUCCACGAUGUAUUACGAUACUGGGGAUAGUUAGCGCUUACUGGAAUGUCUCAAUUUCUUGCCAGUCGUACUUAUAACAUCCCGUAUCCUGUACCUCAAUCAUCAUGUAUUCAGAUGUAUUUAUUUUAGAGUACAGCUCUAUUUUAACCUUGCAUCUUCUUUUUAUCAGAAUCGUAUUGCUAGUCAUAAUACAUCAAUGUUUUUCGUGUUAUUAAUCUAAAGCAUUUAAUUAAUUAUUGUUGUUGGCUGUUAAACUAUAUUUAAGGGCUGUUUCUGUUCCCGAACUAAAUGCUAUACAUAUAUAUUUUAUGAAAUGUUUCUAUUUUAUUAAAUGCCUAACCAAAUCUGAUAGAAUUAUAACUUUUUAUUAGAAAGAUUUGAAAUAUUUUAAUAUGUUGUGCAAUAAAGUCCUACAUGUAACGUAAGAACACUACAAAACGUAUUUUUCUAAUAAAUGUGAAAUUUGCACUAAUUAGCGUAUGUAAUAGAAUUUUAUGUAACAAUAAA